CGGGCGCAGACGCAGCCGUUCGGGGGCGCGCCGCGCUCUCGCUUCUCCGUGCCCCUCACCUCGAGUCCAGGCCCGGCUGGCCGGCGCGGCGAGCAUGGCGGGCGCGGGCGCGAAGCGGCGCGCGGUGGCGGGCCCGGCGGUCGAGGAGGAGGAGCGGCAGGCGCGGGAGAGGAUGCUGGCGGCGCGACGCGCGGACGCCGGGGACCCGGCGGAGGAGGGCGUGACCCUGCAGCGCAGCAUCACGCUGCUCAACGGCGUGGCCAUCAUCGUGGGCACCAUCAUCGGCUCGGGCAUCUUCGUGACGCCCACCGGCGUGCUCAAGGAGGCGGGCUCGCCGGGGCUGGCGCUGGUGGUGUGGGCCGUGUGCGGCAUCUUCUCCAUCGUGGGUGCGCUCUGCUACGCCGAGCUGGGCACCACCAUCUCCAAGUCCGGCGGCGACUACGCCUACAUGCUGGAGGUCUACGGCUCCCUGCCCGCCUUCCUGAAGCUCUGGAUCGAGCUGCUCAUCAUCCGGCCGUCCUCGCAGUACAUCGUGGCGCUCGUCUUUGCUACCUACUUGCUCAAGCCGCUCUUCCCCACCUGCCCGGUGCCGGAGGAGGCGGCCAAGCUCGUGGCCUGCCUCUGCGUGCUGCUGCUCACCGCCGUGAACUGCUACAGCGUGAAGGCCGCCACCCGCGUGCAGGACGCCUUCGCCGCCGCCAAGCUCCUGGCCCUGGCCCUGAUCAUCCUGCUCGGCUUCGUCCAGAUCGGGAAGGGUGACGUGUCUAAUCUGGACCCCAGGUUCUCCUUUGAAGGCACCAAGCUGGACGUGGGGAACAUUGUGCUGGCAUUGUACAGUGGCCUCUUUGCUUACGGAGGAUGGAACUACCUGAACUUUGUCACAGAGGAGAUGAUCAACCCCUACAGGAACCUGCCCCUGGCCAUCAUCAUCUCCCUCCCCAUCGUCACCCUGGUGUAUGUGCUGACCAACCUGGCCUACUUCACCACGCUGACCACGGAGCAGAUGCUAACUUCCGAGGCUGUGGCCGUGGACUUCGGGAACUACCACCUGGGGGUCAUGUCCUGGAUCAUUCCUGUCUUUGUGGGCCUGUCUUGCUUCGGCUCUGUCAACGGGUCCCUGUUCACAUCCUCAAGGCUGUUUUUCGUGGGGUCCAGGGAGGGCCACCUGCCCUCGGUCCUGUCCAUGAUCCACCCCCAGCUCCUGACACCCAUGCCGUCCCUCGUGUUCACGUGCAUCAUGACUCUGCUGUACGCCUUCUCCAAGGACAUCUUCUCCGUCAUCAACUUCUUCAGCUUCUUCAACUGGCUGUGUGUGGCGCUGGCCAUCAUCGGUAUGGUCUGGCUCCGCUUCCGGAAGCCGGAGCUGGAGCGGCCCAUCAAGGUGAACCUGGCCCUCCCCAUCUUCUUCAUCCUGGCCUGCCUAUUCCUGAUCGCCGUGUCCUUCUGGAAGACACCUGUGGAGUGCGGCAUCGGCUUCGCCAUCAUCCUCAGCGGGCUGCCUGUCUACUUCUUUGGGGUCUGGUGGCAGAACAAGCCCAAGUGGCUCCUCCAGGGCAUCUUCUCCAUGACGGUCCUUUGCCAGAAGCUCAUGCAGGUGGUCCCUCAGGAGACCUAGCCGGUGGACAGUGCUGGAAGAGAGCAGGUGAAGGCCACGUCCAGACAGCUCACCCUCAGAAAAGCAGCUUCUGGUCCUGUUGUCCAACCCCCAAGUCCCCUCACUGCCCCUGCCUGGGGCGGCACCUACAGCAGCUGUGAACAGCCUGGUACGAGUGGCAUCCUGGCAGAUGGACAUCCCUGGUGGCUCCCGGGCCAGGUGCCGGCAGUGAGCUGAGGCAGGCCCGGCGGCUCCAGCCCGCGGACUCACCUCGGGCCCUUCUCCCUUCCCUCGUUCAUUUGCAUUCUUUAACUUAAAUCUCGGGUCAGGUCAAUGCCACCAAGGCGAUUAUUGUUUAAAGAAAUAGGUCAGGAGGAGGCGGGGAGACAGGCCUCCUGUUCCAGUGCUGCCCGCAGCACCGCGUGCCUCGACGGGACCAGACACUGUGGCGCGCAGACGCUGAGGACCCAGGCCCUGGCAGUGCCUGCCUUUGCCCCUUUCCAUAGUGCCGGGGUCGAACCAGGGCCCGGCGAAGGCUGGGCAAGCAUGCCCCUGGGCUUGUCCCUGGCCAUCACACCUCAUGUCACAGAUGUCGGCGUGAGAGGGAACAGCCCUUGAUGCGUCUCUGCCUUAAGUCCCAAGGUAGCUCCUUCCCUGUGAUCCAAGACAGAAAGUUCUUCAGGAAGAGCCAGGACAGGCCCUGCCAGUCUCCAGCGGUGGCCACUGUGUGCUCCAAGCAGAGGUCAUGGCUCGGGCGAACCCAGGGCUCCCCACAGCCUGUGCCACCUGGGAAGCCUCAGCAGGGCCACUCCCUGGGCCCGGGGACCGUUGGAAUCCUGAGAGCGCGCCUGGGCCUCCAUCCCGAUGUGCCCGUGUGCUCUGGCCCUGGAGCGGGCAGCGCCGCCUCCUGGCUGAGCUCUGCUUCGGGCAAAGUUUGGAUCUUCAGAUCUAGGGACAGCCAGGAGGGCAGGCAGGGCUCACUGGGGGCCCCCAGAGGCCACAGGGGCCCAGCCUCUGCCUUCUGCUGACCACACAGCAGCCCCUUGGGCUGUCUUGGGCUGGCUUCCUCCGCCUGGCCAGGUGCCCCUUCCCUCCGCGUGCCCCUUCCCCACUGCAGCACCCAGCUCACCGCUCUGCCUCUGCUGGGCUUUGUCUUUGUUGUCCCCUGGGGCACUCGAGGCCUGGCCAGCACAUCUGGCCACCUGGUUCUUGCUGAUCUUCAGGAAGUCUCUGCAAGCCACCCGCAAGAGAGGUUACUGUCUCAGGUCAGAUGAAGGGAUUUCAGGGCCUGAGAAGACCACAGCCAGCUCCUGUGUUGCACUCUGGGGAGCUCAGCUCAGCUUCAGACCACUAACCUCCAGGAGGAGGGCAGUGUGGGUCACCUUGCGGGGUGCACCGUGUUCCUGGGGCUGGGUGUGGUAACGCCAUGGGACCCCCACCUGCGAGGCAGGUCAGAGGGGUCAGUCUGGUUUGGGCUGUGUCCAUGGUGCUGACUCCAAUCUGCUGGCUGGAGUCCAGGAGCAUGGUGGGACCCUGGCCCGUCUGGGAAGACCCUGCUGUCCAACCAGGCACAGCCGACAGUCCCCUGGGUUCGGGUGGCAGCUCCUGGCCUGACAGUCUUCUGUUCACCUUCCGCCUUUCCAUCCUCUCCUAACACUUACUAAUGCAGAGGUACUGUUGGCACCGUGUGUAUUUAUUUUGGGUGGUCGGCUGCAUCUGGCUGUGGUGUGUGUGGCACAGUGUCUGUGUCGGUCACCAUGACCCAUCUGCUGUGGCGUCCACAGAGUUAGUGGCCCAUGGCCGGUACUUUGUUCAUUCUUGUGUUAUGGCUAACCUGUUACACUAGGCUGGUUGGGGUGGGGAGUUCUGUUAUUUGUGGGGUCUUUUGUUUUUACAGAAAUGCAACUAGAAUUCUA